CAAGUUUAUUGCAUUGUGUGCACAUUCCAAAUGAUAAGAGACAUGGUCUACUUAUACCAUGCUCGUAUUAAAAUAAACCGGGAGCAGUUGUAAACGCGCACCGACAUUCGUGUGGAAAUAAGUUUGCAAUGGAGAAAAAUACUGCAAACACUAAUGAAGGUUACUAUGGGGAGCCUGCUGACCAGCAUAUUACAUCCCGGUCAUCAAACCAAGGUCACAUGCCUGGCGGGUUUUAUGCAGUGGGUCAACAUGCUGGAAGUCAAACGUCGAUACAGAUGCAAGCUUUGGGUCCAGCACCUCAAGGAAAUGUACAGUAUGUGAUACAACCAGUUCAACAAGGUUAUGUUACCAGUACAGUACAAAAUCAUGUCCCUGGUAUCCAGUACAUUGUACGAGAUUCAGUAACCCCUAUGCCUGCAGAUGAAGACCCUGAUGGGCCGACAAUCAUACCAUCUUUAGCAGGUAUAAUUUUCAAGCGUGUAGUCUCCGCACUUUUCAUUCUUCUAGAUGUUUGCUUAAAUUGGUUGCAAUUCGCCUCGUGGGUUGGACAUUUUGAAUUGCCAGCCUGGUUGAGUCUGCUUGAAACAGCAAAUAGUCUGAAGGGGAAAUCGCCGUGGAAGGCUCAAUGUAGUGAAGGGUCCGUUGACCUUACAUCAAUCUAUGGGACCUUUGUUGGCAUAGGAACCGCCUACGCGUGCUUGAGAAUAGUUAACAUGAUCGGGGAAACACUCUUAGAAUACCAACUGCGAAAUACGAGUGAAAAAGAGCCUGCUUGCAGGGGUUUUCAGUUGCUUCAUGGUUGGAUAGAAACAGUGCUAGGUGUUCUUUGUGACGACCUGCCUCAGGCGAUAUUGUUAACCUUAUUUAGCGUACAGUGUCAGGUUGACUUGACUGCCAUGACGAAACUUAUUGUUUUGACAAUAAUCAAAUCAAUCAAGAAUGCCUUUCGUGCCAGUUCAUGCAAGCAGAAGUACAAACCGUGUUGUCAUGACCUAUGUAAAGAUUGCUGCGCCGUUACACAAGAUUUUCCUUGCUGCUGUAGAUAUUUCACUUUUAGACCUUUUGGUUGUUGCUGCGACGCUGAGUGCUUAGAAUGCGAAGAGUAUGCAAUGUGCCCCGACUGUGUGUGCAGGAGAGAUAACAGGUGCUUCGGCAAUAUUGAAAAAGACCCGAAAUGGGCAUUUAGAUACUACGAAAAGUUGCAACAGUACUAUUUUACCCUUCAAGUUGCAAUUAUCGUAAUAUGUUUACUUAAAAAGUUUAGCAUACUGCCCGAAACUAUUGGAUUUUGAAUUUUAUGAGCAAACCAAUCGAAACAGUACAGCCUAAAGAACAUUAAUACCAUGUUCAGGGAUUAUAAAAAAAUCAGCUGAGAUGAAAAUGUUAGUUCUGACAUAAAUUUGUUUUUGUUUUACGAUUUAUAUAAUUUUCUUAAACUAUUCUUUAACAUCUAAUAUAUUAAACUUCAGUAAUUCCGAGACUGUACAUACGUGUGUUAUUAUUCAGAGACUGGACUGUACAUAAGUACGUAAAUACAAAUGUAUUUCAUUAUUCAGAGACAAAGAGUACAUAAGAGUGUCAUUAUUGUGAGAGAGUGUACUUGGUGUGUCAUUAUUUUUAAAAAAAGAGUCCAUAAUGAUGUCAUUAUUCUGAGACAAAUUGUACAUAAGACUAUAUAUCAUUAUCCUGAUAAAAAAGGUACAUAAGUGUGUCAUUAUUGAGUGUAAAUGUGUCAGUAUUCUGAGACAAAGAAAAUAUACAUACUCGUAUGUGUGUUACAGGUGCUUAAAUUACUAUACAUGUAGAUAAUAUAAAUAAAAUCCUGAACCGUA